UGGCAUGAUACAAACAGCCAAUCAACUUAAGUUUGUCUAUGAAGCUUUGGUUGAAGCAUUUAAAUAUGGAAAGACUAGUACAUCUGUAUUAGAGUACGAGAUGAUAUCUGGAAAAUCUAAGAAAUUCCAUUUGACAAAAUGUUUUAGAAACAAAGAACUGCAGUUGCUAAAAGGAAUGAUAAACGAAGCAGAUAAGAAUAAGAUAUAUCUACCUGAGAAACCACAGUUGGAUAUUCACAGAGCUUCAUCAUGGAAGAAAAGUAUUGGUUAUGUUAUCAGUGAUAUUAAAGGGCAUGACAUGGAAUCAUUGUGGAAUUUAAUCAGAGAUCAGGAAAGUUCUGUAGCUGUGGUAAUAUUGAAUGACCAAAAUCAGGUGUCAGUUUAUCCCAGUUCUGGCACUAACGAAAAUAUUGGCAAAAUGACUAUUUCGUCAGAAGUAGACUAUUUAUCAACAGAUGGAUUACAAAUACUGACUGUUACUAGCUAUAAACAGAACAUACAACAUGUGUGUAAGAUGAUAAUACUGAAAACUGGAAGAGGGUAUGGAUUAGAAUCACUGAAAUCAGAUAUUACAGAACUGAUACGACUGACUGAUCAAUAUGAUUCCACACCUCAUCCAGUCACAGUUAUUUACAGUGAAAUGCAACAUGCUGCUAUAUUUUGUAUUGUAAGAAAUAUACUAGAAAGAAUGAAACUUGAUAAGGAAGUGGAGAUUUUUAACACCACAAGAAAAAUUCAACAAUCAUUGAAUGAUGUUAUUAAUCAUAAGGAUGAAUACGACUUUAUCUAUAAAAUGACCAGUGAACUAUUAACAAGACUGAAUAUUUAUGAAAAUCUGUAAAGUUCUUAGCUUUAAGAUUCAUUUAUGUUGCUAUACAGCAUGUUUAGUUUAUAGUUUGGAAGUCACAUUAAUUAGAGUUUUACACUAUUGUUUUUUUUUCGGAUUAUUAUUAUUUUCUUUAUACAUUUUGCUUAUAUCUCUGGAAGUACCCAUUAGAUUUCGUAGUUCAUGCGAAAGUUUCGAAACCUUUUGGGCCAGGCGAAAUGCAUGAAUUCGUGUUUUUGUAAAUGUUGUUCUAAUUUGAACACAGCAGACCAGUAUGGUUUGGGUUUUUUUUUACUUCGAUUGGGUAUACAACUUUCUAUCCAUAAUUGUUGAAAAAUGUUAUAUAGUUAUAUUUUUAUAUUUUGAACGUUUGUUAGUUGUUUUUGGAUUUGUAAUAAUGUUAUCUAUAAUUGAUGAAAAUAAUAUUUGCAUACAUCUAUACAUGUAAUUGGUAUCAAUUGUUCUCCGCCUUUCGAAGAAAGUAGGGGACUUUUAAAAUGGUUCUGUCCGUCUGUCUGUCUGUCUGUCUGUCACACUUUUUAAGGCACAAUAAAUUUCCUUCUAAUUGAGCUACAAUGUUCAAACUCGGGGUGGGUAUUUCUUAGGUGGAAUGCCUUGAUUGUGUUCGAAGUUGAGCAUUUUCUCUGCCGUUUGUGCUUUGGGACGCGAUAACUUUGGUCCUGAUUAUGUGAGAGCGAUGAAACUUGGUGUAUAGUUUCAUUACAUCAAUACCAUGACCAGGUCCGAUAAUGAGCAUUUUGGGCUCAUGGUAAGCAGAGCCAUGAGCAAUUGGAUUGGUCGAGACUUUGGACCUCGACAACUUUGAUUCUAAUGGAGUGGUAGUAGUGAAACUUUGUGUAUAUUUUCAUUACAUCAGUACCAUAACAAACUUCGAUGCUGAGCAUUUCUCCUAAGGCAAAGUAGAGACUUCGAUCUGAUUGAGGUAGAAUGUUUGAACUUGGUGUAUGUGUCUGUUAGGUGAAUGCCUUGACACAGUACGAUCAUGCGCACUAAGGGUAAGCAGAGAUGUUCAAUUUGAUACCUUGGAGCACGAUAACUUUGGUUCUAACUGAACACCUUGGCUAAGUUCGAUGAACAGAUUUUUUUUUGCUUACGCCAAGUAACGAUAAGCAAUUUUGAUUGGUGUGGACUUUGGAACGCAACAUCUGCUUUUAAUUGAGAUAGAAUGUUUAAAGGAGCUAAUUCUCUAACCUAAAAUUUUCCAUAAUAUUCGAAAUUAUAAUCACGAAUUAGAAUUCAGUAUUGAUCAAGUUCAAUCAAUAUUGAUGUUGUUAUCUUGCCGUGAAACUAUAGCAUCCUAAUAUCCAACAUUUAAAACACAAUUAAUGAAAAGAUAUAAAAAUAAAGUCAUACUGUUUUGCUCCGAACUGGGCUAAUGAAGUCGAGCAUACGUCAUACAGUCUGCUAGGAUGGAAAUUUUGCCCAGACAGCGGCAAUACGGCCUACUCUUAUAUCGAAUUCCAACUGUCAAGGGAUAUUUUACGUGCACGCCAAUGUGUUCACGGGACCUCGGUUUUUCGUUCCACCCGAGCGACUAGACAGCUGUCCUUCAUCACUGACAUCGGGGAAUCACGUCGGAAAAUAUUGCGAGCCAGCGUCUUACCCACUUAGCCACAGUGACCCCAUACAACAAGACAGUGUGGAACUAAUUAGUAAAGGCUGAUUCACAAACGACAAAAUAAUAAUUUUAAAAACGUGUAGAAUGGACUAAGCAGGCGUAAACGAAUGCCGUUCAAUUUGAACUGUUCCCGUAUAUCACCGAACAUAUUUUAUUAAUUAGAAAUUACAGUAUUAAUUCAAAAAUUGAAUAUGUGCUUUUAAAACCAUUUUCAUCUAUUUCAAAGUUCCAAAAAAAAGAGCCACAUGCCCUUUAAACUGGAUGUAGAUGUUCAUUAGCUAAGCAAUUUUAUUGGCCGAGGCUUUGGGACAAGUAACUUUGAUUCUAACUGAUAGGGAGUAAUAAAACUUAAUAGUGUAUAGUUUCACUAUAGUUUCACUUCAAAACCUUGACCGAGUUUGAUCGUGAAAAUUUAUGCUUAGACUAAGUAUAAAUAAUCAGUUUGAUUUCUCUAUAAUUUUGAAAAAGAUAAAUGUGCAAUUAAUUAAUAUGUGUCGUCUAUUGAUUUUGGGAUUCGGCAGGGAACAUCAGCCUCAUUGUUUUAUUUAUUGCUUAGUUUUAAAAAUCAAACUUAAUAUUGCUUCAAUUUGUUCUUCUUUUAUUAUUUAAUCAUUUAUUUGUCUUUUUUAGAUUAUUUUUUUUUUUCAUAAUUUAUUUAAUAUUUUUAUUCAAAAAAGGGUCUCUUUAUAAUUGAUUGGAAGUCGAAAAAUUUAAGUUUAAAAUGUACAACAAGUUAAUAAUUCCUGGCAAGACAGCAGCAGAGUUGAAUACCAUGAAUGAGAAUGACAAAUAAUUUUAAAUAAGUAUAAAUUGUCACGAUUAUCCUGAUUUUUUGCAAUCUUGAAAAAUAAAAGCCUAAGACCUCAUAUGCCAAAUUUAAUUUAAAAUCAUGGUAAUAGCAAAUUCCAUGGACUCCGGCCCAUAUAAUUAUUGAAUUUCGAAAGAGAGUAGCCAUGUCCUAAUGAGAAUUGUGGGCGUUACAGUGUCCCCGGGCUCUAAAUGCCAAAGGUAAGCAGGAAAAGGCUUGGCUACAUGUAAUUUUAAAUAUUGAUGGCAUCAUAUUUUCAAUACAGCUGCUCAUAAAGACAUUGUUGACUUAAAAUCAAUGAAAAUUCUGUUUUACGGAAUUCUUUUUAGGUUAAACUUUUAGGCAAUGGAUUGAUUCAAUGUUAGUACACUACCGUUAUGUAUAUUGCAAAGUUACAGCUCCAAUUUGCGUUUCGUUUAAUAUUAUUAAUUCGUUAAUGAUUUAUACAGUCCUUUGUUGACUCAAAAUCAAUGAAAAUUAUGUUUUCUGGAAUUAUUUUAGGUUAUCUUUUUCAAUAAAUUUAAAAAAAUGGAAUGGGGUCUAUCGUUCUACUUUUCUGCACCGACUGGGCUAAUGAAGACAUACAUACGCCAUGUAGUGUGUUAUGAUGGACAUUUUGGCCCGGCAGCGGUGCUACGGCCUACUCGUUUGUUCUGGGUCUUUAUAUCGCAGACACCUGUACAGCUUGCGCUGUUGAAAAUGGCCGACAAGACGGUUGGUCGAUUGUAUUAUUCAAGGGAGACAAGUCUAAUUUCAACGCAAUAAUUUCUCUUGGUACAAGGAGCACAGGCCACCAAUAAAUUCUUACGUUUUACCCCCAUCUCCCGCCAUUUGGCAUGGGGAUUUGCCUUGACUGGUGUAGAAAUCGAAGAGAAGGUUCUGAAUUUACGUUUUCUGUCAGGUGUUGGAAAAUUACCAUGGUUUUGAGGCGGAAGGAUAACAAAGUUAAGAGGUGGUC